GCGUUCUAUACCCCUGAAGCCGCUCGCCUUAAACUGACACACCUCGGUGAUAUUUUCUGCAUAGGUCCUCGCAAUGCUCGUUGCUGCACCAUUCGAACGGUCUUCGGAGGUUGUAGCUUGUGAUGCACUGCUUGUCAACCCUGGUGUGGCGAGCCUUAUGAGAAGGAUAUUUAAGAUAAUGACGCCAGGUGCUGAAAUCGCUCAGUAUAUCGCGGCAUUUCCCAUGGCUCCCCUCCGUUGGUCAUGGCCUAUCAUAAAAGAAGUGACAUCCAAGCUCUGUCAUUUUCUCCGCACUGGUACAGCACGCCUCGCCCAAAUUCUAGUAGCGUGCUUCAGCAAAGUUGCGCACAUGUCGUCUUGCGCUGCUCGUUACAUUGCUAUGUUCAUGGUGACUGCACGGGAGUGUCCACUCUUCAUAAUUCACCAGUUUUACGCCUUGCUCACUACCUGCCUUUGCUGGAUCUCAAUGGGUAUCAAGUCGAUCUGCUAUGUCGUGCAGAGGAAACCAGCCACGAAAGCACAAAUUCCGAUCAUUACCAUAACGCCUGCUGAGAACGAAGAGAAGAGCGCAUGCAAGAGCGUCGAUAUUGCCGCACUGCUGGAGGAAAUCGGUGAUGGCACUACUAGACUCGAACUACUUCUGGGGGAUGCAAACCUAAGUUCCGAAGAUUGUCUCGAAGAUGGCAUUGUCGACGAGUCGCAGGUAGAUGAACCCCUCCUCCAUGCAUCUUGUGUCCAUGUCGGUGGUGAAGAGGAGCCAAUUGUCCAGACCACGAGAUCAGGCUAGACGCU